AAAAGCGAAACCUCAAACAUGUCGGUCCUCCAUUGAGUGAGCCUAUAGUUCUAUCAUUUCUAUCAUGACAGUGACCGGUAUAACGCCGUGACCGUGUAAUUUAUCUACAGACGUCUCGACGCAUCGCACUGCGAUUCGACUUCUGUCUCUCACAGAGAUGGAAACUCUGAUCCCGAUUAUUAACAGACUGCAGGAGGUUUUCCUCACAAUUGGAGCUGAGAUCAUCCAACUUCCUCAGAUCGUGGUCGUAGGAUCACAGAGCAGCGGAAAGAGUUCAGUGUUGGAGAGUUUGGUUGGACGAGACUUCCUGCCUCGGGGUUCAGGAAUAGUCACACGGCGCCCUCUAGUAUUACAGCUAGUGAACGUGCACCCUCUGGAGGAGAGAGGCAAACAAGAAUAUGGCAACGGAGAUAAAUCAAACUCUCAAAACAGCUAUCCAGGAGUCAAAGCAGAAGAAUGGGGCACCUUCCUUCACUGCAAAAACCAGAUUUUCACAGAUUUCAAUGAAAUACGGAAGGAGAUUGAAGAGGAAACCAAUCGGAGUACUAACAAUAAGGGCAUCAGUCCAGAGCCCAUUUACCUGAAGAUCUAUUCCCCUAAUGUACUCUGUCUGACUUUGGUGGACUUGCCUGGUAUUACUAAGGUCCCAGUUGGUGACCAGCCUGAAGACAUCGAGACUCAAGUUCAGGAGAUGAUUCUGUCCUACAUCUCCAACCCCAACUCCCUCAUCCUGUGUGUGUCCCCAGCAAACUCUGAUCUGGCCACGUCUGAUGCCCUUAAACUGGCACGAGAGGUGGACCCAGAUGGUCGUAGGACGCUGCUGGUAGUUAGUAAGCUGGAUUUGAUGGACGCAGGGACAGAUGCUCUGGAAGUUUUGCUGGGUCGGGUCAUACCUGUCAGGCUGGGCAUUAUUGGUGUGGUUAACAGGAGUCAACAUGACUUGAACACCCAAAAGAGUCUCGUCGACUCCUGCAAAGAUGAGCAUGCAUUUCUGCAGCGGCAUUACCCGUCAUUAGCCUCCCGCUGUGGCUCGCAAUACCUGGCUCGCAUCCUGAGUCGACUGCUCAUGCAUCACAUCAGAGACUGUCUUCCGGAGCUCAAGACUCGAGUCACGGUGUUGACCGCCCAGUACCAGACUCGAAUCAACAGCUACGGGCAGCCUGUUGAAGACCACAGCGCCACCUUGCUGCAGAUUGUCACCAAGUUUGCCACUGACUACUGUAACACUAUUGAAGGCACUGCCAGACACAUACAGACCUCUGAACUGUGUGGUGGAGCUCGUAUUUGUUACAUUUUCCACGAGACAUUUGGAAGAACCCUGCAGUCCAUUGAUCCACUGGGAGGACUCACUGAACUAGAUAUCCUCACAGCUAUCAGAAACGCCACGGGUCCACGGCCAGCACUGUUUGUUCCUGAAGUGAGUUUUGAGCUACUGGUGAAGAAACAAAUCAAGAGACUAGAGGAGCCCAGCCUGCGCUGUGUGGAGCUCGUACAUGAAGAACUGCAGAGAAUCAUUCAACACUGCUCUGCCUACAGCACACAGGAGCUUUUGCGGUUUCCCAAACUGCAUGAAUCUAUAGUGGAGGUGGUGACCAGUUUACUCAGAAAAAGCCUGCCAAUUACAAAUGACAUGGUUCAUAAUCUGGUUGCGAUUGAGUUGGCCUAUAUAAACACUAAACAUCCUGAUUUCACCGAUGCUGCCCAAGUGUCUGCGUCUGUCAACAGCCAGCAGGCGGAGGCUGGUGAUGCAGGCAAGCGAUGGAAGAAUGAGACUAUGUCAUUAGAAGAGAAAGGUCCUGUGCCCGGAUUUGGGAGCCCUAGCAAAACUGUCAACCUGCUCGACACGGCUGUGCCAGUAUCCCGCAAACUGAGCGCUCGUGAGCAGAGAGACUGUGAGGUCAUCCAGCGACUCAUCAUAUGCUACUUCCUUAUCGUGCGUAAGAGCAUCCAGGACAGUGUGCCAAAGACGGUGAUGCAUUUCCUGGUGAAUUUUGUGAAAGAGCAUCUGCAGAGUGAGCUGGUAGGUCAGCUGUACAAACAGCAUCUGCUGCAGGAGCUCCUCGUUGAAUCUCAGGAAACAGCGCAGCAGCGCACUGAGGUCGCACAGAUGCUGGAGGCCCUGAAGAAAGCCAGUAACAUUAUCUCAGAGAUCCGCGAGACUCAUCUUUGGUAGCCAAACGUUCUCAUGAACAUUGUGUCAGGACACUGUUUACAUGUUUGUGUGUGUGAUGUAUGUGCUUUGUGUGAGUGCAUGCGUGUAUGACAUUGAUCAAAUACAUCAUAUCUGAAGGAGUUCAGUGCCUUUGCCAGCCUGAACAUUCAAGAAAAUAUUUUAUAACACAUUUAUUUGUGUACAGUUUUUCAGUUGCUCCUUAUUUCUACUGUAUGCACAGCAUUCCAUUAUGCGUGUGUGUCUGUGUGUUUGUGCAAUGGUAGUGAACAUAUCAUGUCCACGUCAGUUUCUUCAACUUCAUAAAAGUUUGGUUGUGGUUUUUGGACGUUUGCAAUAACUACUCUUUCAUUUAACGUUAUCAAAACUUAGGAAUGUCUCAAAUACUACUAUCAAUAUCCCAAAAACUUGUAUACCAAAUCAAGCUCAAUAGACCUUAGUCAGAGGUUAUGUUUAAUGUGAUGAAAACGCCUGGUGCACAACAGUGUGAAAUUGUCCCUCAUGGUCUUGUUUUCGUCCAAUUAAAUGUUAAGUCUACUCUGACUUAGGCUGAAACUGUUACUCAUGCAAUCUCAUACACUCAAAUGAUUGAGUAACUUAAUAUGUUGUAAAUGAAAGAUGAUGUAAUUUUAUGUGUAUUCAGCGUAAACCAUAAAUUUGAUCGUGAUAAUACAUUUAAUGUGCAGCCCUAAAUAUGUGGAAAAAAGUAUGCAUGUUUGAAAGGUUGCACACUUCAGGAGAACUUCGUUAUGUCAUUUCACAUAGCCAAUAUGGGCUCAGAACAAAAGCUAAGGCAGGAAAUACAUAAUGUAUGUAAGUUAGACUCAAAGCUAUUAUAAUGUUACAGUAUAUGAUAAUUGAUGAUACAACCUGUGACUGACAUCUAGUGCAAAUAAAUGGUGGUGUAGUGUACAUGGCCAUAGAACAAAGAGCUUUUCUUGUUAGCAGUGCUCUGAAACACUUCAAAUCUCCCUUAGAUGUGCUAGAGAAUUACACUGCCAUGUAAUAUUUAUGCAUGUAUGAAUAUUUAUUGUGAGAGUACGACUGUUUCAGAGAAGGUCAAAUGAGGUAGAAGAAAUGAAAACAUUCCAUCUGAAUCACUGCUUGAUACCCUGAACAGUAAGAAGUAUUGGCCAGUGCAUUGAAUAUAAAUUGUCCUGGAGAAUUCAUGUUUACAAUGAAAAUCGGUCUUUUGGCUUGUAGUAUAUUUGUUCGUUAUUGUGGUUGUAAUUCCAAUGUCACGAAGUAUUUCAUUUGUUGGGUUGAACUUUAACUUUUGGCUGUUUGCCAUUAGUUAUUUCAUGUCUUGAUUGAUUGGAUUGAUAUCUGGUUAAAUGUGAUCUAUAGCUCAUACAAUAUAUCCAUAUAGAAUGGAGAUCACCUCUGUGAUGAUGUUAAUGCUAGGUAGCGUCAUUUUGCUGCACUUGAUGUGGCUCAUGAAAGUUAAAAUCAGGAGAUGAUUUGAAGAUUGCCGUGCAAGUCAACAGCUGUCAUGUUCCCCAUUGUCUUGUCAUCUUUGGGCUCUCAAACUUGUUCUGUAUGCUGAUGUAGUUUUGUUUGAGUGGAGUAAAGUUUACGGAUGUGGCCUGAAAAACCAGAUGCGCUUACACUUGGUUGAGUCACGUUAAGCAAUUUCAAAUAAUCGGUUUCGGCUCAAUUGGAGGGCACUUAGACUUGGGGUCCUAUUUUAAGAGUGCUAAGCCAUAAGCACAGGGCUAUGCAAUACAUCAUAUGUGCAAAGUGAGUAGGCAUGGCCACAAAGUUUUUAUAUUUUCGUGCAAGCAUGCGCUAAGUCUAGGCGCAAGUGGGUUUGGUGAAAUUGCAUGUGCAAAGCUCUAAUGGGCUGGGUCAAGUGCUGUUAAUUCUGAGGUUCUUAUCAUGUUAUUGCAGUAUCACUGUACUGUUAUAUAUGCCAUUUUCUGUCAAGCAAUGUUGGGCUGUAUGCAAUGGAUCCCCUGCACUGUGACUGUGAUGCGUGUGUUAUAUGUUCUCUAUCGGCCUCUCUGGGACCAUUGGUUCUCGUCCUGCUCGCCCAUGUCUCACUUCCUUGAAAUAUGCUUUGCUUCUUUCCCAUUGUUAAUUGUUUUUAAAUUUAUAUUUUGGAAAGGUGCUAUACAAAAUAAACAUUAUUAUUAUUAUUAUUAUUAUUAUUAUUAUUAUUAAUCAUUUUGAUCUAUUGAAACAAAUCAUGGCUAGUAUUAAAAGUGAUAUAAAGCUCUUUGAUAUCAUCUGGUGGUGGAAUCUCCAAACUGCACGUGCAGGAACUGAGUUUUUAGAUUGCGCAAAAAUUAGACGUGGUUCUCAAAUGUCUCAACGCAAUGACCUAUUUCUCAGGAAAAUAGCAAAUUGCGCUUUGUGCCACUUGAUUUACAUGCAAGUACACCCACAUACUCCCACAUUCGCUAUAUAUAUAUAUAUAUAUAUUUAUUUAUUAUUAUUAUUAUUUUAUUACUGUUCCUCUGUGGCCGGCCCUGGAGAAAUCGACAGUUAGAACGGAUUGGUUGAACAGUACAACCGCUGCCUUAAGAGGGGAAAUAAAUACAAUCACUGAUACCUUGUGGGGAUUUGCUGUAUCUAAAUAUUUUAUCAUUGAAAAUAUUCAUCCAUAUUUUUAUCCUCACUUAAUGCAUAUUUAUUAUUUUGAUUAGUUAAUCAGUUGCUUGUUGUUUAUUGAUUUUAAAAAUUAUCGACCUAUUAAUCUGCUAUUGGCCUUUUCUAUCACCUUAGUUAUCGGUAUCUGCAAAAUCCACUAUUGGUCAAUCUAUUAUAUGUAGUAUAUCAGGUGUUUGACAGCAUGCAUUUCUUUUUGGUUAACCUCAUAUUUUAUCCAAUGAAUUAGGUCUCUUUUGACCUAAUUUAGGGAUAUAUGUUUCAGUGGAGUCAUGUUACCCUUUAAGGAUGUACAUUAGUGUAGAGGUGCUAAAAACUUUAAGAUGUUCAUUUAUAGUAACUUGUUAGACUGUUUGAGUGAUUUUUAACAUAGAAAUCUGCACAUCAACACUGACCACAAAUAGUCUCCAAUAAACCGGUUAAUCUCACAAAACCGGUCAAGAACAUGUCCGAGUCAAAUUUCACCCCAAAACCAAAGAACAUUUUUUUUAUUUAGCAUUACGAAAAGGAAGCCUUUUUAUUAGGACCACUAUUUGUUUUGCAACAUGAUGUUAUUUUCAUAACAACUUUGCAUGUUUCCCCUACAAAGUUUCAAUCACUGAUUGGUAAUUUGGUAAUUAUUUCUAUUUUCAAUGAUGAUUCUCAUUAGGUUUCGAUUACUGUUAAACAGUAUUUAUUGCAAUAAAAAAUUUGGAGCUAAAAUUUCAUUUAAUUUUGGAGCUAAAUAUGACCCAGAAAUGUUCUUGGAAGGUUUCACAAUAUUCAUCUAGCUUUAAAACAUCUAUUGACAUCUUCAUUACCUGUGUGUUGUGCAUUCUCCUAUAGUAAGCAAGUGUGAAAAGACAAAGGCGUAUUUUAAUUAUAUAAAAACUAAUUGAGCUUUCCUGUUGAGCAUGCAGUUGCGUCCAUAUGUUUGUGUGAGAGUAAUUUUACGUGUGAGAGAUUGUCUUGAAACAUGCCAAUUAGAAAAAUGCCUUGAAGCACCUGUCUGCCAUUUUAUUUUUGUUAUACAUGUUGAUGUACUAUUUGCUGUUCACAACAUCAUUAAAAUCAAAUGAUA